AUGUGGCCGUCGCCGUCGAGGUCGAGAGCGUCGUGGUCGAGCGGGCAAGAGAAUUUUGUCCGCCACGAGCAGUCGCACUCGAAGGCCGCGGCAACGGCGGAGCCGCCGCCGGCCAGCGGGCCAGAGACAGCUCCGGGGAGUGGCGGCGCUUCACCUGUCGCGGGGAGCCAGCCGGCGGCCGGCGGGCUGCAGGACCUGGCGGGCUCGCUGCUCGUGCACGGCGCGCCCUAUCUCUCCGUCGCCUGGUGCCCAACGGGCUCAUGCCUGCGUCUCUUGCCGCACGACGCCGACUUUGACGGACCGGCGAGCCGCCUGGUCGAGUGCUGGGACGCGGACGCCACGUACUCGCCCGUCGAGGAGGUGUGGACGGCCAGCUCGGAGCCGAGCGCGGCCGUCCCGGCGGGCUGGGGCGUGGCGGAGGCGUGCGCGGAGCCGCAGGCGUCUGUGCCGAUGCCAGGCGGCUGGUUCGCUCAGCCAGCGAGUGCGUUUGGUCCGGGCUCCGAGCCGGAUCGGCUGGCACGCUUCGGCUUCGAGCACCUCGUCACGUCCGUCUGCCCCGCGUCCAACUCGCUCGGCUGCGCGAGCCUGCAGGGCGCCGCCUACCAGGGGCUCCAGUCGGCCUCCUCGCAGGUGGUCAGCGGGAUCAACUGGGAGCUGGUCGCGACGACGACGGCGGGCACGCUCACCAUGCGCCUCUGGGAGCAAGCGUGGGCCGAGCAGCUCGAACUCACAGAGGCGCACCUCUCCAGCCCGGUCGGCGGCGCCUCGUUCGCCAUCUCAGAGUACGACGUCAUCACCUCGCCCGAGCCGCUCUCGUACGCCGCCUACGCCUCCUUCUUGCUUUCCGAGCCGCGCCCGAGCAGGCGCAGCCUCUCGGCACCGGCUGGCCGGGACGACGCGCCGGCGCUGGUGUGA